CGCCGUGGGAGUGACCCACGCUGUGGGAGCCUUCGUUCUGGAGCUAUCUAUCUGCUCUUGUGCAUUGCUAGAGUUUUAAGGCGGUGUUGACAGGUUAGACAGCACUCAUUUGAACCAGGAAGUACGGUCAUACAGAAACAUUUCCGCGUUCAACUCGGAACACAAACACAAUUUUCGCCGAUGAAUUGAGGAUGUCAGAAAACAGUUUAGAAGGCAGGACAGUGGAGGUGUCUGGGAUCCCUAAUGAAGUUGAGGAUGAAUUUCUGGGGUUGUUUUUCGAAAACAAGCGGCGGUCAGGUGGGGGCGCCCUUGCCUCGCUCCGCAGGCAAGGCAGCUGCGCCGUUCUGAUCUUUGAGGAUGCUGAAGUUGCUAAGAGAGUGCUGUCCAAAGGGACACACAUGCUACACAAUGCUAAGCUUACCGUUCGGAAGCCAACCCCAAAGGACCCUAGGAAGGUGCUGCUUCGUGGGAUGAACGCCAGCACAGCCAAGGAAAUGGUGGAGGUCUUUGUGGAAAACGUCACAAAGCUAGACAGCACGGGAUACCUAAUGUACCCCAGCCCAAGAAGAGAUGAGGUUCUCGUGCACUUUCACAAGCCCCUUUCAGAACAAGAGUUCAGGAGGUUGGCGGACAAGGUAAGGAGGCGUCUUCUUGAUGGAGCCAGGAUUGAAGCUGAGCAGAUUGAGAGGACCGAUUCUGUCAUUGUGGAAGACCUGCGCUCUACCACCACCGAGGACAUGCUGACACUCUACUUUGAAAACAAGCGCGGAGGAGGAGAAGAGGUGAAGGACGUUACCAUGGUAGCGGACGGCAUGGCCAGGGUUACCUUUGAAGACUGGGAAGCUGUGGACCGUAUUCUUCAGCGGUCCCAUAAGCUGGAUGGGAGUAAUUUGUCACUCCAGCCCUAUUUCGACUUCCUUCUGCCUGGAAAAUAUCCACCAUCUCCCAGCACUCCAAAUGGUACAGAGGAGGGUCACGGGGACAGCGCAGGUCACGCGGACAGCACAGGUCAUGCUGACAGCACAGGAGAUCUGUGCACAGACACUCUUAGGUGCGACACUACUAGGGAGGAACUCACUGACAGUACCAGGGAGAUGUACCCUGACAGCCCCAAGCUUUACUCCAGCAAUAUCUUGCUCGAUGAUCCAGUGAAACUCAAUCUGCUGCAGUGCAGUCACCUACUGCAAGAGCUCCAGCAGGGUCACCAGGACUUUGGCAUCCAGAUUGUGGGUAAUGGGGUUCAGAUAAGCGGCCCCAACCAACUUACGUCUGAACAGCUGAAAAAACACAUCCUGGAAGUGUUAAGCGGCAUUGCCCAGGCUCACCUGCCCUUUAGCACUCAAAAGGCCACGUUUCUUUCUCGGUCAGAAGUGCAAGAGAGCCUGCGGAAGAGCCUGGAACAGGAAGGGAUGUUGGCCACCUACACUGCGUCAGAUUGCACAGUCACCGUCAUUGCACUCACCCUCGACAUGGUUAAGCAGGCCUCAAGCCUGGUCAAGUCCUUGGUUUGCGACUUCACCAUGCCCAUUGCCGCAGAGUAUGAAUGCAUGCUCUUCUCAGACGAAUGGCCCAAGUUCUUGUCUUCUUUGAGUCUUUGCUCUGCCAAGGUGACGGACCGAGGAGAUGAGAUUAAUGUAGUGACCUUAAGAGGGCAGGAGGAGGAAACCCGGAGCAAGAUCGAGUUUUUUCUUAGCAACCCCGUUGAGCAGGAGUCUGUGAUCACUAUGGAGCCUGGUAUGCUGAGAUAUCUGCAGACUCACUGCCACAUGCUUCUGGCAGACAUGAACCAGGUCACCAUAUUCCCAUUAGAUGGAGAUGACAUCACAGGAUUGAGACUACACGGGCAAGCCAACGCCUGCCAGGCUGUGGAUGAGCUGCUCCGCAAUGUGGUGGCCUCAGUUCACACCAGAACCAUAACCCUGCAGCGCCCCGGGGUAGCACGCUUCCUUGUGGAGGAGCAGGGGACCAGCAUCCUGAACCAGAUCCAGACCAAAUUCGAGGUCGUCAUCAGCCUGGAGAGAGUGCACUGGGUACCGCUGCAGUCAGAGAAUAUAUUUGAGGAUGCAAAGAAGUUCGCACCACCACCGAGCUUUGAAAGACACCCCUCUGCAGACACAGAUUCCUUGACAAACGCUGAUGAACAAGCCCGUGACCUCAACAAUCCUGAGACAGUUCUUUUGGAGGAGGCCAAGAAGCUUAUCUCAGUUAUCAGAAAGGAUGAUCAUGAACUUCCAGAUACAGCAACCAGUGCUCCCGGUACAGCGGCUGCUGGGAUCAGCAUGGAUGAAGACCUCUACACUGACCAGCUGCUGCCUCUCAGCUCUUUGGACAACAAAGACACCCUGGCAGAAAUGGAGGAGACCCCGGGGAUAACAACAGAAGGAGAAAGUGAAGGGGCUGUGGGGGGAAAUCCAGAACUGAACUAUGUGAAGCAGCUUUCCAUGGAGUCCUCACAAGUGGAUGGCGUCCUUGAGGAGGAUGCCCAGCUUUCCUUGGCCAUCCAGUUCUCAAUGGAGAACAACAGCGACCCAGUGGACAAGGAGGAUGAACUGCAGAAAGUUCUGGAGCUCUCCCGGAGGACAGCAGGGCAGGGCAGGACCUCUGGCACUUCAGAGCUGGAUCAAGCCAUUGGGCUUUCCAUUCAGGAUACCAUCAAGGCUGCCCACACAGCCCAGAUUUUGGUGUAUGCAGGCUACGACAUGGAUCUUAUCAGGGUAGAUAUCGCCUUAGGGAAGAAGACUGAGCUGAAACAGUGCAAGGAGAAAAUUGAGAGCAAGUGCCUAAAGAAUUUAUCUGAGCACCACAGAAGUUGCGUGGACCUGAUCCAGAGGAAGCAUGCAGUAGACAUCACCAUUCAGGGAACCACAGCCACAGUGCAGGGGUUCAAGGAGUAUGUUUCAGAGGCAGUCCUCGAUAUGAACAAGCUUGUCAACCACAUUUCUGCCACGGUGCCAGACCCUGAUAUUUUGCGAAGUGUCCAGUGGGUUUGGUACAAGGAGCAGUCAAAUGCCAUCCCCUAUCCUCCCAAAGCCACUAUUUAUAUAGAGCACGCCUUUAAACAGAAACAGAAGAAGAUCGACAUUGUGUUUGAUAAGCAGCCGUGCACCAUCAGCUUUGAGAAGAUGGAGGAGUAUAACAUUGCCUCAGGGAAGUCGCUGCCAAUUGCGAGGAAGCAGCUGAGCAACAUGGACAUUUACAGUGAUGUAACAGAAAUAGAGGAUUUUACGGCUCUGUCCAGCAUGCCUGAGAUAACUAGAGUGAAUGAGGCAACAGAUGAGUUCCGGGAUGUGGUUCAAGCAUUCUAUGGUUCUAUCAAUGAGUUCCAUAAUAAAAUACGCAUCAUCAAGGUUGAGAAGAUGGUGAACAGCCUGUUGUACAAUCAGUACAAACUGAAGAAAGCCAGUAUGCUGCAGACUUGUACCCAGGCUGACGUGGAAAGGACUCUGUACCACGGCACCAGUGAAACUGGCAUGAGAGAGAUCUGUUUACAUGGCUUCAACAGGAGCUUUUGUGGAAAGAAUGCCACAGUGUAUGGACAAGGAGUCUACUUUGCUGUGGAAUCAGCCUUGUCUGUGCAGGACCAGUACUCCCCACCCAGUGAAGAAGGAUACAAGUAUGUGUUUGUGGUGAAGGUGCUGACUGGGGAAUACACCAAAGGGAAACACGAAAUGAAGACGGCACCACUGAAAGAAAACUCCCGCAUCCCUCUGCGAUACCACAGUGUGGUGGACAGCACAGACUCGCCAAGCAUAUUUGUGAUCUUCAAUGACACCCAGGCCUAUCCCGAGUACCUUAUUACCUGCCAAAAGGUUUAUGGCUAAAACCACUGUAGUUUUGGAGCAUGAAGAUCAUGGGAUCAAAAUUAGAUUUUUCUUUUACAUUUUUCUUUUUUUUUUUAAUCAAAUGAAAAAAACAACAGAUUCUGAAAUCAAUUACUAAAAUAAUGUCUAACCGUAUUCCACUUCUACAGUUCCCGUUUACUUCAGCUUAAAGUGGUAAGAAGCUUCUAAGCACUGAUUAUAAUCAGACAGGCAGCAUUUUGAUACUUCUAUGCCAAAUAGAGCUUCAGGAUAUCUAACCACAGUCUUGCAUGAUUGAGGCUUAGGAAUCCACUGGCAGUACAUAUAGCGUUCAAUUAAGAGCCCAGUAUGUUGUAUUAAAUAACCUGUUUGUUUAUAUCUAUGAUUGUAUACAGCAUAUACUGUCUUACCAAAAAUGACACAUGUUGAACACAUACUGUGCUGUUGUGUAGUUCCAUAUGUUGUCGUUAUAUAUGCUUGGAUUUGUCUUCGGCAUGGCACCAUGUACACUGUCCGAAUAUCCUGCAGUGGAUUGUUACCGUCUGUCUGGCAGACCAGAGCACCUCUGUUUUAAGGAGGGGGAAACUGGUUUGAAUAGAGCAGCAGGGACUUCCCUUCCACCCAUCAAUGAACUAUCGCAGUAAGCCCUUAAGGAAAACUUAACCAACUUCUUCAAGAACCGCAGCCUUCAGGGGUACUUUUUGAGGGAGCAUUUUUACAGUAUCAAUUGAAUAUUUGGUUAAAAACAGAACUACUACUACUACAAAAAAAUCUAUAUAUGUAUUAUUAUUGUUUAUUUCUUAGCAGACGCCCUUAUCCAGGGCGACUUACAAUUGUUACAAGAUAUCGCAUUAUCUUUACAUACAAUUACAUUAUUAUUUACACAUUAUUUUUACAUACAAUUACCCAUUUAUACAGUUGGGUUUUUACUAGAGCAAUCUAGGUAAAGUACCUUGCUCAAGGGUACAGCAGCAGUGUUCCCCAUCUGGGAUUGAACCCACAAUCCUCUGGUCAAGAGUCCAGAGCCCUAACCACUACUCCACACUGCUGCCACUGUAUCCAUAAAAAUAUAUAUAUCUACAGUAUCUAUCUGUCUGUACACUGUGUGUAUGUAUGCAGUCAGCACUCACAUAUCCGACCCUGUGAAAUUUAGACUUCAGCGAUGGUUAAAAGAAUGUGAUGCAUAUCUGAUUAUUUGAUUUUGGCCCGUUCCUACCCUUGUCAGGGAACACAAAAAAGAUACAAUUAUCUAAAAUACAUAGCUGAAAGGACUGUGUUUUAAAAUAAGUAGGCUUCCAUUUAGAAGUACUAUAGUUGGUUUUGUUGGUACAGUAUUAUAUUUUAAUUCGGAAUUAUACUGAUUCUGAAAAUAUCACUUGUUGAAAGAGAUGACACGUGGACUGUAAUACAGUACAUACUUUUAAAUCAGGUACGUAUUGUAGCAGUAUGUAAAAUUCCCCAUUUAAUGAACCAACAGCAAAAUUAAAUCAAAAUGUUACCCAUGCACAGAACUGUGUAAAAUGUAAAAGGCAAUGCAAUUUAGCAAAAGGUUUUAAAAAAUCAAAGUUUUAAAAUCCAUUUAUUUGCCUCUGCUAGCAUCAGCAGCAUUAUUGCUGGUCCUGCUGUUUUUGUGUCAACUAUCUUUUGGUUCUUUGCUUGUUUUUUUUUUUUAAUACUUUUAAUUAGGAAUAUGCAGAUGUUUUUUCCACCCAAAGUAUUGUUUAACCCUGUAAGAAAAUGCAACGGUUUCUUCUCUAAUAACGUCCUGUGUGACAAAUCAUAUGGCCUGAUUCCAUAAUAACCAUGGAUGGUCACCCCAUUGUCCUGUCCAUUGGGAAGGUUUCUCUUCCCGGUGUUAUGUAAGUAACUCCCAGCUAGGGGAGCUCUAUCUUGCUCAGUUGCUGGGAAUAAGACUGUAUAUGCCUAUUGCUGCCUGUUCCAUGCAGUCUGUGUGUAUUAUAGACUGUUGAUCUAUACUUGACUGUAUACUUACUGAUUCUCUUUAAUUUGCCAGUCUGCUAAUAAAGCUGUGUUGUGGACUCUGCAAGCUGA